UCCGCUCUUUGUCACCUGGAAGAUCGGCCACGACAAGCGCCUUCGCGGCUGCAUCGGCACCUUCAACGCCAUUCCGCUGCACACCGGGCUGCGCGACUAUGCCCUCUCAAGUGCCCUACGAGACAGCCGCUUCAAGCCAAUUGGCAAGGAGGAGUUCAACAAGCUGCACGUCUGCGUCUCGCUGCUGCUCAACUUCGAGGACGGCAAUGACUACCUCGACUGGGCGGUGGGCGUGCAUGGCAUUCGCAUUGAGUUCCGCAAUGAGAAUGGCAGCAAGCGGACGGCCACCUACCUGCCGGAGGUGGCCGCAGAGCAGAACUGGAACCACCUGCAGACGAUUGACUCGCUGCUGCGCAAGGGCGGCUAUCGGGGCGUGAUCACCGACUCGGUUCGCAAGGACAUCCGCCUGACGCGCUACACAAGCGAGAAGAUCGCCGUCAGCUACCAGGACUACUACAACUUCUGGGUCAGCUCCACUGAGCCGCUGCUCAAUGGGAAGAUGACCUUCUAG